GCAUUGUGGGAGCUCGGGCCUGCGACUGAGGAGGUGGUUGGAGGCUAGGUGGGGGCGACCGUUUGUGUUCUCGUGGUCUCGAACUCGCGCGCUCUCUUCCCUACCCUCUCCCCCCCCUCCAUCCCCCCCACGGCAAGCGGCGGGGCGGAGAAACGGCGGCGGCGGCAGCAGCGGCGGUUGUAACAUCGGACACUCUCCUGUCUCCUCUCCGGCGAACCGGUUCCUCUUUCCCCUCCCUUUCACUGUUUGUUGUGUGUUUGAUGUGUUAAAGCAGGAGCGAGAACGCGAGCAGCGCCAUGAGCAACACUACCGUUGUCCCCAGCACUGCGGGCCCGGGCCCCAGCGGCGGGCCGGGUGGCGGAGGCGGCGGCGGCGGAGGCGGCGGCACCGAGGUAAUCCAGGUGACUAAUGUCUCCCCGAGCGCUAGCUCUGAGCAGAUGCGGACCCUCUUCGGUUUCCUAGGCAAGAUCGACGAACUGCGCCUCUUCCCGCCGGAUGAUUCACCUUUGCCAGUCUCAUCCCGUGUCUGCUUUGUUAAGUUCCAUGAUCCGGACUCAGCAGUUGUGGCACAGCAUCUGACAAACACUGUAUUCGUUGACAGAGCUUUGAUAGUCGUACCAUAUGCAGAAGUUCUUUUCCCUGGUUCAGCCUGAACUAUAUACCAGGCCCUGCUGAAAAUACCACCCAACAGUUUUCUUCUGCAGCUUAUCCAGUUUCUCUUAAGUGCCCUGUACAUAUUUGAAGCAGCCGACACGAGUCGUUGUUCAUAAAACAGCUUUUGAAAGUUGAGAGCACACCCCUGGAGAACCGACUGUGCUUGCUUACGUUUGGUUCAUGACUUAAAAAUCGAGUACAGGAGUUAUUCCUGAUGAGACUAAGGCUUUGUCUCUGUUGGCACCAGCUAAUGCAGUGGCAGGUCUUCUGCCUGGUGGUGGACUCCUGCCUACUCCUAACCCACUUACCCAGAUUGGCGCUGUUCCGUUGGCUGCUUUGGGAGCUCCUACUCUCGAUCCUGCCCUUGCUGCACUUGGGCUUCCUGGAGCAAACUUGAACUCUCAGUCUCUUGCUGCAGAUCAGUUGCUGAAGCUUAUGAGUACUGUUGAUCCCAAGUUGAAUCAUGUAGCUGCCGGUCUUGUUUCACCAAGUCUGAAAUCAGAUACUUCUAGUAAAGAAAUAGAGGAAGCCAUGAAGAGAGUACGAGAAGCACAGUCCUUAAUUUCUGCUGCCAUAGAACCAGAUAAGAAAGAAGAAAAACGAAGGCACUCGAGGUCAAGGUCACGUUCUAGGAGGAGGAGGACUCCAUCAUCUUCUAGGCACAGGCGGUCAAGAAGCAGAUCGAGAAGGAGAUCACAUUCUAAGUCAAGGAGUAGGCGACGAUCCAAAAGUCCAAGACGGAGAAGAUCUCAUUCCAGAGAAAGAGGUAGAAGGUCAAGGAGCACAUCAAAAACCAGAGACAAAAAGAAAGAAGACAAAGAAAAGAAACGUUCCAAAACACCACCAAAAAGUUAUAGCACAGCCAGACGGUCCAGAAGUGCAAGCAGAGAGAGACGACGGCGAAGAAGCAGGAGUGGCACAAGAUCUCCUAAAAAGCCUCGGUCUCCUAAAAGAAAACUGUCUCGCUCACCAUCCCCUAGGAGACAUAAAAAGGAGAAGAAGAAAGAUAAAGACAAAGAAAGAGGCAGAGAUGAAAGAGAACGAUCGACAAGCAAGAAGAAGAAAAGUAAAGAUAAGGAAAAGGAUCGGGAAAGAAAAUCAGAGAGUGAUAAAGAUGUAAAACAGGUUACACGGGAUUACGAUGAAGAGGAACAGGGGUAUGACAGCGAGAAAGAGAAAAAAGAGGAGAAGAAACCAACAGAACCAGGUUCCCCUAAAACAAAAGAAUGUUCUGUGGAAAAGGGAACUAGUGAUUCACUAAGAGAAUCCAAAGUGAAUGGAGAUGACCAUCAUGAAGAAGACAUGGAUAUGAGUGACUGAAUAUUGCCUCCAGGGGAAUCCAACUGUAUACGUGCAUCAGUGUCAUUCCUUUGUGUGAUUUCUUAAUGCUGUAUUUGUUCAUCUCAAACCUAGAUGUAUACAGCUCUGAGUUAUAAAUGGUUAUAAAGCUCCUGAUAUUGAUAUUAGUUAUUUACCUCCAAAAGCUUUUAGAAAAUGAAACAUGGGUAACCAGUUCUUGACAUGGUGAAAUCUGAUUGAGUAACCAAGCAGUUUUACUAUUCUGGUGCUGCUUCAUAACAAAAAUGAAAAGCUGCAUGCAUCUACAGCAGGCAUGGAUUGUUUAUGUUGUAUGAUCUCCUUUAUUAAGUAAGUUCACUUAAUAGUAUUUCUAGAAUUUGAUACAUUGCCGUAAUAGAGCCAUGUAGGGAAUGCACUGAUUGCAUGUUAAUUGUGGCAGGAAUAUCCUAAAUGUCAUUAAAAUCCUCCAACAUGAUGGAUCUACUUAUGGUCUUGUUUGUUGACAUGACAAAAUAACAUUCUUAUAGUUACAUCUGGAAAUAAGCAUUUGAAAUAGAUAAUCCUUUAAGCCUUGUGGCUAAAUUUUUGUGGCUUUUGUUUAACUUUGAAAGGUUAUAUAUGCACUAACCUUUUUUGAUGGCUAAUUAGGCUUUAAUUACAGAAACAAGAUUUCAAUUGAAACUGUCUUUGGCAGUGAGUAAAUAGCAUAUUUUGGAGUAGAGUUGUAUACUUUUUCAUAAGGUGUUUGGGAAUUUUUUUUUCCUGAAAUAAUUUAUUCCACACCUACAUCAGUGAAAGCUAGCUGCCUAUCCUGAGUCCAUCUGUAAAAGUAUCUCGUCCUGAUUUUCAAUUUUCCACUUUUAUUAAUUUGUUUUAAUCUCAGCGUUGGAAAAAGGGGGUAGUGCAUUUUAAAUCGACCUUCAUAUGCUUUUAAAAUAAGACAAAUGUACUUGAUAAUGUACUUUUUAUUUGAUCUCAAGUUGUAUAAAACCAAUAAAUUUGUGUUACUGUUACUGCAGUAGUAAUCUUACGCACACAGUGAUUCCAUGUUAAAUGCAAAGUAGUUAGGCAACUGUUUUCUUAGUUACAGGAGUUUCAGGCUUCACUUUUGUGCAGUAAAAGCAAAAGUAGGCUACAGUCUGUGCCAUGUUGAUGUACAGUUUCUGAAAUUGUUUUACAAGACUUUGAUAAUAAAACCUUUAAACUUA